AUGAGUGAUGAUUCUUCCUUCUCUGAAGAGCCGGAAAUCGGUAGUCAUCUACGGAUGUUCGCACUUUGCGGUCCAGGGGGCAUGGGAAAGUCUCAGGUCGCAGCUGAAUUUGUGUAUAGAUCUAACGAGUCGUUACUAUUUGAUGCCAUCAUCUGGAUAUCUGCGGAUGAGCCAGUAAAACUCGCACGGAGCUUUGAUCAAGCGGCAGUUGCUCUGGGGUUGGUGGAGGCAGAAUCUAUAGAGUCCAGGGACCAUAUCUUGACCCGAGAUGCUGUAUUGGGAUGGCUCGCAAACCCUAUUAAGUCGUACAAGCAACGCGAAAACGCCCAAUCCAACGAGGCGACUUGGCUAUUAGUAUUCGAUAAUGUGGAAGAUCUUGAGAUGCUUGACGAGCACUGGCCAGCAUAUGGCUCUGGUUCGAUCUUGAUAACAAGUCGAGACCCUCUGGUGAAGUCAUACGGCUAUUCUCUCAAACGUGGAUUAAGUAUGCCGCAACUCGAUACCAGCGAUGGAGAAAAGCUACUCAUCAAAUUAACGGAUCGAAGAAUGCUGAGCAGCGAAGAGCAGGCCAGUGCUACGGCGAUAGCUGAAGUUCUCGGUGGUCUUCCCUUGGCCAUCGUCCAAAUGGCUGGCGUAAUUACACGCCAAGACCUAACUUUCUCUGAGUUUCUGCUCAGGUAUCAAAAGGAAAGCUCUCAUGCAGAACUAUUGAACCUCAAGCUUGGACCUUCGAAAGCUCGUGUAGGCUAUGAACACACAAUUGCCUCGGUCUGGGCGUUAGAGCACUUGGAAGAGGGCAGCCAGGCCCUGCUGCAAGCUAUGUCCCUUCUUGAUCCAGAUAGUAUUCCCGAGUACAUCUUAGAAGAAAACCCAGCUGCAGGUACAUGGUCCGGCUAUCCAUUAACGAGUGCGGAAUACCAGAACGCUCGCACAGAGCUAAUCCAAAGAUCCCUUAUUGUUCGCCAGAAGGACAAGAAGACGCUCAACAUACACCGUCUUAUACAAGACGCAGUGAGGGCCAGAAUGACAGAUGAUGAGUUCAGCAAAGCAAUCAGUUCCAUGCUAUCUUUUGUCUCAGCUGUUUGGCCAUAUGAGGAAUUCAGCUUUGGGAAUGAGAUAUAUCGGUUCAAGCUGCCAACAGAGUUAACACAACAUCACUUGGAUGGUCCAAAACUCUUUAUCGAUACUGCAUCAAACACCAACAUGUGGGGUCGCUUUGACGACACAAUCCCUCUUCUCUAUCUAGCAGAAUCGAUGUGCGAUGCCUUUGGUGAUGAGAAUGAAGAAGAUCCGUCUAAACAAAAUCUAAACAAACAGCUGGUCGUACUCUACCGAACCAUAAUUUAUGAACGUGGGGUUCGAGCUCUGCAUACUAAUGAUCCAGAGGGAGCUUUACUGAAUAUGAAAAAAUUCAACCAGCUUGUGCGAGAUAUUUAUCAUGACAAGCCCCCCGGUACAGACCAGACGCUAGGGGUCUCCUGGAAUGAGCUCGGUAAUGCUUACCUCCAGAACAACAAUGGCAUUGAAGCGGAAAGCUGUUUUCUCAGUUCCAAAGAGGCCUUCGAGGCCCUGGACGGCGCAACACGAAUAAGUAUCUCGAUGCCCCUGAUCAACCUUGGCUUUGCAGCUUUGGCUCAGGGUCGGGAAGGUGAGGCGGAUGAGAUCUUCUCUCAGGCGCUGGCGGAUCGAGAGAAGGAAUAUGGGCGCGACGACAAGAUUUCAUUCGUGUAA